AUGAGUGCUGCUCAGAGUCAUACAACACUUGAAUCCAAACUGGAGGCCCUACAGUGCCACUUCACCUGGGGUCUAGAUGCCAGUAGGACCACACUUUACUGUCUCAGGGACCAGCUGGAGGACAUUGGCACAGAGGAGGGAUACAGCUGGCUGGGUCACAGUUACAACCUGCAGGGGUAUAUCCACUACCAGCUGGGGUUCAAAGAUGAUGCCUGCCGUUUCCUCAGCAGGGCUGCAGAGGCCUUCCGCCAGAUGAGAAACACUGUCUCAGAUGAGGGCCCCUGGUUGGUGGUGAACCACGGGAACCUGGCCUGGCUGCACUACUAUAAGAGAGAAAAAGCAGAGUGCCAGGCGCACCUGUUAAAAGUCGACGCCAUGAUGAAUGAUUACCCAUCUCCAUGCCAGGACGAGCUCCAUCCUGAGAUCUACGCCGAAAAAGCCUGGACCCUGAUGAAGUUCAGCACAGACAAAAGGCUGCUGGCUGCAGAUUACUUCCAGAGAGCCAUCAGGAUGCAGCCGGACAUGGUGGAGUGGCACACCAGCCAUGUCAUUGGGUUAGAGAGUACUCUUAGACACAGCGACAAGAAGUUGGGGGCUGAAAUCCUUGAGAAAAUGAAAAUCGCCAAGGAACAUGAUCCAGAUAACUUGUACCUUGCUGCUCUUUACCUUGAGGCCUUUGCUGAGACAGGGAAGAACAUUGAAAGCGAAGCACGUGAUUUGGCCAGAAGGGUUUUAAGAAAGCCCAUCAGCAGCUACAGUGGUAUCGUACCGUUACUAAGGCUGUACAGAAUCUAUGUAUCUAUGGAUGAGGCCAUUGAUUUGGCAGAGGAGGUUCUGGAAAGACAUCCAGAUGAGCGUUAUCUGAAGAGAUGUGCUGCACUCUGCUACAAGAGGAGGAUCUUCCAGGGGAGGGACAAUCCCCUGGAGCACAGCAUGAUCGACAGAGCAAUCAGUCUCCAUAGGGAUGUGAUUACUCUUUACCCUCUUUCUUCUGAUACAAUAAAAGUAUCUCUUGCAAACAUAUAUGCAGAGGCAAAUCACCAAGCUGAAGCUGACCAGAUAUACGAAGAACUCUUAAACAUUGAUCUGGAUCCUGAAGGGGCACAGAUGCUUUACAACAACUAUGCAAAAUAUGUGCAUUUCAUUCGAAAGGAGAGCUACAAGUCGAUAGAAUAUCACAUGAGGGCGGCAGCAAUACCGCAACAAUCUUCCUAUCGUAAGAACAGCAUCAAUACUCUGGAGAGGAUUAGAGAAAGAAACAGGAACCGAAUGUGUGGGGAAAUUGAUGAGUUUCUGAAUAACCUGCAAUAA